AUGGCCCUGCCACCUACCCGUGGCCCCGCCACCUACCUGUGCGGCCCCCGCCACCUACCUGUGCGGCCCCCCGCCACCUACCUGUGCGGCCCCCGCCACCUACCUGUGCGGCCCCCCGCCACCUACCUGACGGCCCCGCCGCCCACCCGUGGCCCCGCCACCUACCUGUGCGGCCCCCGCCACCUCCCUGAUGGCCCUGCCACCUACCUUUGCGGCCCCCGCUCCUACUUGCGGCCCCGCCACCCACCUUCGGCCCGCCGCCUACCCCUGCGGCCCCGCCGAGCCGCCCAGAAGCGGCGCCGCCUAGCAGCCGAGCCGCCCAGCAGCCGAGCCGCCGAGCCACCGCGUCGCCCAGCAGCAGAGCCACCGAGCAGCCGCGCCACCCAGCAACCGAGCCGCCCAGCCGCUGAGCCGCCCAACAGCCGAGCCGCCCAGCCGCCGAUCCGCCUAGCAGCCGAGCCGCCCAGUCGCCGGGCCGCCCGGCAGCCGAGCCGCCAAGCCGCCCAGCUGCCGAGCCGCCGAGUCGCUCUGCAGCCGAACCGCCCGAGCCGCCCUGUUCGUGUCCUCGCUUUUGACGCUGAGGGUCGGGCCAUUGACUUUGACGUCUGGAUAGAUGACCUGCAGCUUUUCUUACAGUGCGAUGAUAGGGUAGACGGCCUCUCUCUCUUUGACCUCACUUCUGGUGCCUCUCCUGCCCCUGCUGCCGAUGCUGACGCCACUGUUUGCUCAUAG